AAGGGGGAAAGCGUCGGAAAAACUGAAUUGUCGGAGAUUCUGCUUUUCGCACCUCUUUUACCUGAGUUCUGCGCUCUCGACGUUACGGGUGAUGGACUGAAUUAUCGCACGACUCAACGGACUUUAUGAAGAGCAAAAGAAGUUCAUAUGGAAUGGCAGCCGGCUGGUGGGUGUUACGGGUCCAGUUCGUGGCGGUGAUGGUGGCUGUUAUGACGGGCGUUAGUGGCCUUUGUCCGUCACGGUGUAAGUGCGACGACGAGUUUUUGCGCGUAUCUUGCAUCUCGGCUGGCCUCGACGUCGUUCCUAUUCAACUGAACCCGGAAAUCCGGCACAUCAACCUGGCCGGCAAUAGAGUGACCAGUCUUCAUCUGAGCUUUGCGUUCUACGGCAGUCUCGAGACCCUCGAUCUCAGCUCUAACCUCGUCCGCACUCUGGGCUCUGAUAAUUUUAAUCUACAGCAGAACUUGCUCUCCCUAAACGUUAGCUUCAACUCCGUCCAGACGAUUUCCAAGAACGCGUUUCACGGCCUCAAUGCCCUCAGGGUACUUGACCUGAGUGGGAACAACAUAACGGAAAUCGACGAACAAGCACUCAGAUUCACCAGCGAAUUGGAAUCGUUGAAUCUUAGCAGAAACUCCCUCACAAGUCUUCCAGAUGGCCUCCUGAAGAACCUCCACAAAAUUCGCACCCUGGUGCUGAACAAAAACCCUCUCCUCGAGGCUCCCGCCAACAACCUGGUCCUCGCACCAAGCUUAGAAAACCUCGACCUCGCCGACAACCUCAUACAAGAACUCCACAGGGACUCUCUGUCUUCUCUUCCGUCCCUGAUCAGCCUGGACCUUGCGAACAACGUGAUAAGAAGCAUUAGCGAGGAUGCGUUCGACCGUCUCCCGGGGCUUUUGCGUCUUGAUUUAUCCGGGAAUAACUUGACCUCGGUACCAACUGCUCCUCUUUCCAAACUGACUAUGCUGUCGAAGCUGAUACUCAGUCGAAAUCCUCUCGGAUCCCUCCAGGAGGUCGCCUUCCAGAAUCUGUUCGAGCUUCGUAACCUUGAACUCGAGAAGUGCUUAAUAGCUAGGAUUCACGCCAGGGCGUUCGCGGACAACAUUAAUCUCGAGCAGAUAUCGUUGGACGGAAACACCGAGCUGAAAGAACUUCCAGAACGUAUUUUAUACGGAGCGAGGUACCUGAAGUCCGUCUCGUUACGGAGGUGCAGUUUGGCGACACUCCAACCGACCCAAUUUCCCGUCGACACUCUCGCCUCCUUCCAGGCCGGGGGUAACCCACUUUUGUGCAACUGUUCCAUCCAGUGGCUUUGGAACGUGAUCCGGUCCGAGGAGCACCGGAACGAGUCACGACUGAAGGUAGACUCCUUGGACAUAGUGUGUGCCGACGAGGAGUUCAAGGGCAAGACGCUCAUUUCACUGCCCGAAAGCUCGCUUAGGUGUCACCUGAGUCCCCUUUACCUAUCGCUCUUUGCCAGCGGGUGCCUGAUCACGACGGCGGCGAUACUAGCCUUGAUAGUCUACGUGACCAAGGCGAAAAGGAAGAAGCAGCCAGCGUACACCGCCCCUAGGCCUGAACUCCUUGUCUACGUCGGCCAGAGCAGUGAGCUGGAUAAGAACACUGAGUCGUACAGCAGACGACUGAUAGCUCAACUUGAGGAAGUGGGCUACAACUCGCCGGGGAAGACGCAUUGGGAUGCGCAACUGGCGCGACCGUCACGGGACGCAAAAGACUUCAACCUCUACGAGACCCCACAGUACGCAAGACCCAGUGUCCACGAGACGUCCACAGGGGUGUUGGUCCGGCCUCAGAGGUCCACCGCCAUCUUGGACCCCUACGCAAGGCAGGACGAAGCCUACGCGGUGGCGGACGUUACCUCACUGCAAGAGGAAGCUCCGGAAGUACUCUCUCUCUACCAUAUGCAGAGCUCUACCAACAGGUCGAACUUUCCUCCUGUCGUUGACUAUGACGCGCCCUUCCACUACCAGAAGCAAAAGCCACACAUUGUUUUUGUCUGAUCGUUGGAUAGCGAAUGAUCAGUUCAAAGGAAGAGGGGUCGCCGAAUAAACCCAGCUGAUGAAAUGGAAGGGUUCAUCGGACAAAGAACCGAAUUUACUUUCGGAGUGUAACAAUGUCUCCGUGACUUUAACAGCAACUGUUCGUUGAUGAAAGAGACUUCCUGACACACCGGUCUUCAUAAGAGCGAGCCAUUAGGAUAGUGUACAGUUGAACCUCGCUAACGUUGCGCAUGACCCAUACUAGGCUCUGGCGGAUUCCCCCACUUUUUCACAUCUGGACUCACGCUCACGUGUGUGUGUGUGUGUGCGGAUAUUGACGCCUUGAAUGAAAGUUGAAAACAAAUUGUCGUAAACACCUUUUCCUCUCAGCUCGAGAGUCAGCACUUGCAGUACUACAAGAGGGUUGUUCAGUUGGGUAGGAGAAGUUGACGUUAGCGGGGUCACGCUGUACCAUGAAGUUGGACUCCACUUGCAAUAUUAAGCUUCGAAUGAAUAUAAGUCAAAUUUAAAAUAACUGUGGUGUAGCAGCUCCUCUCAUUCGCUCACAUAAAAUCUGCAUAAUUUAUUAUAAAUUUGCUCAGCUCUCAGAAUUCAAAUAUUUUGUGAAUGUAGGUAAUAAUGAAGAUAAGGUUAAUAAGAUCAAGCUUAAUUAUAAAUAUUAGUAAUAUGUAGCUCAAGAGACCGUCGCGUACGACAAGAUGGGAUUUUUAAUGAAAAUAUUCCUCAGCCUUCUGCACUGGUCCAGAAGACACUUGCUUGAAAAAUUAUAAGUUCUCAAAGUCGCACUAAUUUCAGACACAUCAUCGUGGUAUCAGGUACUGGUGUUACGUGACGACCAACACAAAUGUACAAAUUAUAUUAUCAAAUGUACAAUCGGAGUAGUCAUUUCACAAGAUGGACGAUGGACUAGGGUGAAUAUCACAGCUCUGCUGAGUUCUGCUCAGCUCAUUUAGAUUAGUUUUGCGAGAUAUCACAGUCAAAUUGAUGUGAAAGUUCCAAAAAAUUUUCACAUGAUUUUUAUGCCCUUAGUCGAAAUCAGUCUAUUCCGGAAACGAUCCUGUUCAUAAUCUCUCUGUUCUCAAAUUUUCAGAAACAAAAGUGAAACGUCUGCUUUAGUUAUUGCUAAACC